AUGGCGAAUGGUAAAAAAAUUCCACCAUCGACACAAGCUGCAUUACCAGAUAUCAGUUCGGAUAAUAUGGCAGAGAGGAAGGAGAAAUUCUUGAAUAAAUUAGCAGAAAGAGUUUCAUCUUCGCAAAAAAUAGAAAAUAUCGAAAUAUCCACACGGGGGCAACGUGAUAAUAAUUUAUGGAGAGAGUUGCGGAUGGAUUACUUGACCGCAUCAAAUUUUGGUGCAUCUCCUGAUGGUUUGGUUGGAGAUGAUGGCAAGUGCCUACCUUCUAUAGAAGGAAAAUUGGCUGAGUCCAAAAAAUCUACCAACUGUUCUACUCUUGCUGAUAAUAAUUGCAUAAGGCUACGGUACAAUCUGUUCGCCAAAUCUGCUACAAAAAAAAGUAGAUCUGGCUUCUCUGCCACCGUCGGAAGCAGCUUUGAGGCAGCACUCCUUCAGAGUCAAUCAUCAGGCAAGUGCAGCCACCUCUGCAUCCCAUCUUGCAUUUGCAAGAAAGAAGUUUCAGGAGCUCUGGUGGGGCAGGGGCCGACUGGUAAUGGGGAUGAGUCCAGCCGAACUCAAUUCCCAACCCCAGUAGUCGGCAUCUUUUUCCAACCCUAG